CGCUGACGCCGACGUCGGCGAGCGAGGUGUCAUGCUUUGAUUAUCUAACAUGUUGCGCGUUGUACAUGAAUCUUACCCAGGACGAGAAAUUGGAGCAACAGCAAGACUGCGGGCGCCACAGCGACAACAUGGAAAAAAGGAACCUUUAAAAGGUAAGACCAUCGUCGUAGACCUUGACCUUUAAAGGAAUCCCAUGAAUCUCCUGGGUGGCCUGCCCGACAUCCGCAAAAUCUCCCUCUGUGUUCGGCACGACGUUGAUAGAAGCUGGGCCGUCGAAGCGAUCAAGCGCGUAUGUGCGCGUCGAGACGCGCUCACCAAAGAGGAGGCCCGCGAUAUAGGCCUGGAUAUGACCGCCAGCAUUGCAUCGGUGCGCGAGGCUGCGUACAAGGCUUCCGGGGGAAAGAUCUCGAUCGGGUCAGCAGAGAUCGAGAAACUCGUACAGAAAGAGAUCCUAUGAAGGGUAAUUAUAACAGGCGCGUACUGUACCUACCUGUAUGGAGGCAACCGUCACGGUCGUAGUCGUAUCUUCACCACAGUCACGGUUGCCACCAUACGUAGAUUUACCUUUCACUGUACUCUUGUUCAACAAACAUCAUGCACCACUUCAG